CGCCGCCGCCCGAGGAUGCCGCCCGCCGCCCCGCGGCCGCUGCUGCUGCUGCCGCUAUUACUGCUGCCGCUGCUGCUGCUGCCGGGGGCGCGCCCCGCCGCCCCGCCGCCCAGGCCUACCUUUACGUGUGGAGGAGUCGUAUCGGGAGAGUCGGGGUUCAUUGGGAGUGAAGGAUUUCCGGGAGUGUACCCUCCAAACAGCAAAUGUACCUGGAAGAUCACGGUUCCCGAAGGAAAAGUGGUGGUUCUUUCUUUUAGAUACUUAGACCUGGAAAGUGACAAUUUGUGCCGAUAUGAUUUUGUGGAUAUAUACAGUGGCCAUGCCAAUGGACAGCGCAUCGGAAGGUUCUGUGGUACAGUGAAGCCAGGUGCCCUUGUAUCCAGCAGCAAUAAAAUGUUGGUGCAGAUGACUUCAGAUGCUAAUACUGCAGGAAGCGGAUUCAUUGCAAAGUUUUCUGCAGCAGAACCACAUGAAAGAGGGGACCAGUACUGCGGGGGACGACUGGAGAAGCCUUCCGGCUCCUUCCAAACACCCAACUGGCCGGAGCGGGACUACCCAGCAGGCGUCACGUGCUCCUGGCACAUCGUGGCGCCCAAGAACCAGCUAAUAGAAUUAAAGUUUGAGAAGUUUGAUGUGGAGAGAGACAACUACUGCAGAUAUGACUACGUCGCAGUGUUUAAUGGUGGGGAAAUCAAUGAUGCUAAAAGAAUUGGGAAGUAUUGUGGAGACAGUCCCCCAGCGCCUAUUCUCUCUGAGAAAAAUGAGUUGUUCAUUCAGUUUUUAUCUGAUCUAAGUUUAACAGCUGAUGGUUUUAUUGGCCAUUAUAAAUUUAGACCAAAAAAGUUACCCACAACUACAGUUCCACCUACUACCACAACAGUCCCUGCUACAUCAAUUUCGAAACCUACAGUUGCCUUGUGCCAGCAAAAGUGUAAGAGGAGUGGGACUCUAGAAAGCAAUUAUUGUUCAAGCAACUUCGUAAUAACUGGAACUGUAAUCUCAACAACAACACGGGCUGGAAGCUUACAUGCAACAAUAUCAAUCAUUAAUGUAUACAAGGAGGGAAACUUAGCAAUCCAACAAGCAGGAAAGAAUAUGAGUGCUAAGAUUAUUGUAGUAUGUAAGCAAUGUCCUCUCAUCAGAAGAGGUUUGAAUUACAUCAUCAUGGGCCAGGUAGAAGAAGACGGCAGAGGCAAAAUCUUUCCAAACAGCUUUGUCAUGAGUUUUAAGACUAAGAACCAAAAGAUCAUGAAUGCCUUGAAAAACAAAACAUGUUAUAACUAAACUCUGCAUCUGCAUUCUAUCAUCUCUCCUGGAAAAUAAUUUUCACUUAGUUUAAGUCAUGAAAACACAACCAUCAACACUAAGACCAUGCUCACCCUUUCCGCCCUUUCCUCCAUCCCAACCACCCCACAAUCCUGACACAAAGUGGCAUCAAUUACAAAUCCUGAAUCUUAAAGUUGAAGAUUUGCAGCACAUCCAUCUGAUCUGAAACAUACCAAAUUCCAGUUAAUUGGAAGCUGUUAAUUUAUAAUUGUCCAUUUUUUAAGGAGUAUAUAUGUAAAAUAAGAAUUUUAAGUGCAAUAUUUAUAGUAACUCAUUUUAACACAGCUUUUUCUCUUAAGUUGUUUUAUUACAUAGAUUCUUGCAUUAUUAUCUGUGCUUAAUAAAAUAUUUUAAGAAUAAAUCAUAAA